UGUGGAGAAAAGACCACGUAUUGCCAUCUUUGAUUAUCAUCGAACCUAAUAGUAUCAUCAAGAUGAAGACAUGAUGAGAGAUGGGCUUAUCUUGAAAUUGCUAGAAUUCUCUUCCUUAAUCUUUUACCUUUUUUGACUAUUACAAUUACAAUACCCCAACAAACCAGAACACUCCUCCCAUCACUAUAUAUACCCUUGAGUGUGUUUAUACUCCACCAAUAUCCAUAGUGAAGUUGUUCAAUCAUCAAUUGAAUUAUUUCUUUCUUCAAAAUCUUACAUUUUAAGCUUAAUUCUCUCAACAAUGUCUCUCAUUCCCAGCUUUUUUGGUGGCCGAAGAAGUAAUGUGUUUGAUCCACUCUCCCUAGACAUAUGGGAUCCCUUCGAUGACAUCUUCAGCUCUACACGGGCUGUGGUGCCUUCAUCAGCAAGAGAAACAUCGGCAUUUGCCAACACGAGAAUUGACUGGAAGGAGACCCCGGAAGCUCAUGUUUUUAAAGCUGACCUCCCUGGCCUUAAGAAAGAAGAAGUGAAAGUUGAGGUGGAGGAAGGAAGAGUCCUCCAGAUAAGUGGGGAGAGGAGCAAAGAACAGGAGGAGAAGAAUGACAAGUGGCACCGCAUUGAGCGCAGUAGCGGAAAGUUCCUCCGGCGGUUCAGGCUGCCAGAGAAUGCCAAGAUGGACCAGGUGAAAGCUAACCUUGAGAAUGGUGUGCUUACCGUUACUGUUCCUAAGGAGGAGGAGAAGAAACCUGAGGUCAAGCCUAUUCAGAUCACUGGCUAGAGAUGAUAACUUGGCUCACUGAGAUGUUUCCUCAUACUGGUUUAUGUUUUGUGUUGAACUAAAUAAUGUCCUAGUACUUGUGUUCGUGUGUGCUAGAGUUGUUUUGUUGUGUCAGUAUGAUGUGUAAUCAAAGUGUGUGCGACUUGUUUUUUCAGUUAAUGUAAUGAAUAUUUAAUUUUCUUCUAA